AUGAAUUUAACAGAUGUGGUGCCAUUUUCAAUUACUCAACCGACGCCAUAUUUUAUGCCUGCGGCAUCAACUAUACGAGUACCACCACCUCCAAUCAACCCAGCUACGCCGAUGAUAAGAUUUCCAAUUCCGCCAUUCAGUCAGACGGCCCUUGCUUUACGGGAUGCACUUGAAAUGGUUCCACCUGGCUACUCUGCCAAUAUUACUCAUAUCAACCGUAAGUAUAUUUUAUGGUACUAG